AAAAGUUUAAAUUGGAUAAAUUGUAAAAGGACAAUUAAGGAUACGGAAUAUAUGCGUAGUUUGUGUAAAAUGCGCUAAUAGAAGCACAGAAAAAAAAAAUUCAAAAACGGAUAAAUCUUUAGAAACAAUAAACACUAGCUUAAAAAUUAAAAGCAAAACAAACAAUAAAACAUGGCAACUGAUCCGGAAAAAGGGAAAAAUGAGGAAGAAAACUAUAAUAUACAGUUUGCAGAUGAAUACGUGUUGACGGAGACAGAGAAAACCUUUAUAUUGGCUUGUGAGCGCGGUGACAUAGCAAGUGUCAAGGUAAUAAUUGAGGAAAAUAAAGGUGCACCGGAAAAGUUUAAUAUUAAUUGUGUUGAUCCCAUGAAUCGUUCGGCCUUAAUAUCAGCCAUUGAAAAUGAAAAUUUUGAUUUAAUGAUUGUACUGUUGGAGGAAGGCAUAGAUGUGGGCGAUGCAUUGUUGCAUGCUAUUUCUGAAGAAUAUGUGGAGGCUGUGGAGGAACUGUUGCAAUGGGAAGAAACGCAUCAUAAGGAGGGUACACCAUAUAGUUGGGAGGCAGUUGAUCGUUCGAAAUCGACAUUUACGCCUGAUAUAACGCCUCUAAUAUUGGCAGCACAUCGUAACAAUUACGAAAUUUUAAAAAUUCUAUUGGAUCGUGGUGCCACAUUACCAAUGCCUCAUGAUGUCAAAUGCGGUUGCGAUGAGUGUGUAACAUCACAAGAAACCGACUCCUUGCGUCACUCUCAGUCGCGUAUUAAUGCUUUUCGUGCUCUUUCGGCUAGCUCACUGAUAUCUCUUAGUUCACGUGAUCCCGUCCUAACAGCUUUUGAACUCGCAUGGGAAUUGAAACGUUUGCAGGCAAUGGAAUCAGAAUUUCGUGCUGAAUAUGGAGAAAUGCGUCAUGGUGUCCAAGAAUUUGUUACAUCAUUACUAGAUCAUGCCAGAACCUCAACCGAACUGGAAGUAAUGUUAAACUUUAAUCAUGAAGCUUCCAAUGACAUUUGGACUCCUGGACAAAGGCAGACAUUGGAGAGACUGAAAUUGGCCAUUAAGUAUAAGCAAAAGACGUUUGUGGCUCAUCCCAAUGUACAACAACUAUUGGCUGCCAUUUGGUAUGAAGGUUUGCCCGGAUUUCGACGUAAAAAAAGUUCUCAACAAAUUUUAGAAGUUAUAAAAUUGGGUUGCAUGUUUCCCAUUAACAGUAUGAAUUAUCUUAUGGCUCCCGAAUCGGAUGCUGGCAAAUUUAUGAGAAAACCUUUUGUUAAAUUCAUUACACAUUCAUGCUCCUACAUGUUCUUUUUGAUGUUACUUGGUGCUGCUUCAUUGCGUGUUGUUCAAAUAACAUUUGAGUUGUUAGCGUUCCCAUGGAUGAUUGAAAUGUUGGACGAUUGGCGUAAACAUGAAAGAGGCUCUUUGCCCGGACCUAUUGAAUUAGGUAUCAUUACGUACAUUUCAAGUUUAGUCUUAGGCGAAUUGAAGUCAUUAUAUUCGGAUGGUUUGUUUGAUUACAUUAUGGAUCUAUGGAAUAUUGUGGAUUUCAUUUCGAAUAUGUUUUAUGUCACCUGGAUACUGUGUAGGGCCACCGCCUGGAUUAUAGUGCAUCGUGAUCUCUGGUUUCGAGAUAUAAAUCCUUAUUUUCCACGAGAACAUUGGCAUCCGUUUGAUCCCAUGCUGCUGUCAGAAGGUGCAUUUGCAGCAGGCAUGGUAUUCUCAUAUUUGAAACUAGUUCACAUUUUCUCUAUAAAUCCACACCUGGGACCAUUGCAAGUCUCAUUGGGACGCAUGAUUAUCGAUAUUAUAAAGUUCUUCUUUAUUUAUACUUUGGUGUUGUUUGCUUUCGGCUGUGGUCUCAAUCAAUUACUAUGGUAUUAUGCUGAAUUGGAGAAAAAUAAAUGCUAUCACUUGCAUCCAGAUGUGGCGGAUUUUGAUGAUCAAGAGAAAGCUUGUACUAUAUGGAGACGAUUUUCAAAUCUUUUUGAAACUUCACAAUCUCUAUUUUGGGCCUCCUUUGGUUUAGUGGACUUGGUGUCAUUCGAUUUGGCCGGCAUUAAGAGUUUCACCCGUUUCUGGGCCUUGUUGAUGUUCGGCUCAUAUUCGGUAAUCAAUAUUAUCGUAUUGCUCAACAUGCUUAUUGCCAUGAUGUCCAAUUCAUAUCAAAUUAUUUCUGAACGUGCCGAUGUUGAAUGGAAAUUUGCCCGCUCUCAAUUGUGGAUGAGCUAUUUUGAGGAUGGUGGCACUGUACCUCCACCAUUUAAUAUGUUCCCCUCAGUAAAGUUGAUGCGUAAGGUAUUUGGCAAGCAGAGACCAAAACGUUCCAGGAGUUUUAUGUUGAAAUCAAGGGUUAAGGCACAAUCACUGCAUGAGCGUGUAAUGAAGCUAUUGAUACGUCGCUAUAUUACGGCCGAACAGCGUCACAGAGAUGAUUUCGGCAUAACCGAGGAUGAUAUCAUUGAAGUGCGUCAGGAUAUUAGCUCAUUGCGUUUCGAACUGUUGGACAUUUUUACAAAUAAUAAAUUUGUUGUACCGGAUAUUGAAAAGAAAUCAGCAAGUGCAGCGGCUGGUAAGAAGGGUAAGACAAUAGAACGUAGAAUUUUGAAAGAUUUCCAAAUAGGUUUCGUUGAAACUCUACAAACUGAGUUAGUAAAUAGUGUCGAAGAGGGCAAGGAUAUAUUCUCGUCAUUGGCCAAUGCUAUACGCAAAAAAAGAUCUCAGAAAGGCGAAAAAGAUUGGAAUGCUAUUGCUCGCAAAAAUACUAUGAGCUCAAAUCCCAUUGGUUCCAAACGUUCAUCAAUUCAGCGGCAUUCUCAACGCAGUUUGAGACGCCGCAUUAUAGAUGAAGCAAACGAAGGUCUUAGAAUGAAUCAGAAUCAACUUAUAGAAUACAAUCCCUCUCUUGGAGAUGUUUCGAGAGCUACUCGUGUUGCAUAUGUUAAAUUCAUGAAAAAGAAAUUAGUGGCUGAAGAAGGUAUAUCACCUGAAGAACUCAAUGAAUCUAAUAAUUCUACGGAGGCUGCAGCAAAACUCGACGCUUUUGCCAGGUCCACAAUGAAGAGAGUAGAGAGCAAAAAAGAUGAUAGUGCAAGUCCUGAUGACUCGAAAGCAGCUACUGACAAACCGAAAGCUCCAGCUGGAGAUAAAGCAAAACCAGCGGCGCCCGCUAAGCCUGGAGAUGCCAAAACAGCUGAUGCUAAGGCACCAGCACCUGCUCCACCUAACAAACCAGCAGAUGCUGCUGCUAAGCCAGCUGUAGCUAAGCCCGGAGCAGAAACCAAACCUGAAGCAGCAGCUAAAAAGGGUGAAGCUGCUAAAACUGCGGAUGCCAAACCCGAAGCACCUGCUGCAGCAGCUGCAACAAAAUCGGCCGCGCCCGCUGCUCCCGCCAAACCCGACGCCUCAACGAAGCCCCCUGCUGAUGCUGCAAAACCUGGUACAGAUGCUGCUACAAAAGCAGCUGAUGGUGCUGAUAAGAAAGCUGACGACAAGAAAGCAGAUGAUAAGAAACCCGAUGACAAGAAACCCGAUGACAAGAAACCUGAUGACAAGAAACCCGAUGACAAGAAGCCCGACGAUAAAAAACCAGGAGCCGAUGCCAAGAAACCUGAUGACAAAAAAGAUCCUCCCGCCAAGCCCGCAAUAAAAGUUGGCCAAAGUAGUGCUGCCGCCGGUGGUGAUCGUGGUAAAUCGGUUGUUACUGGUCGCAUGAUAUCGGGUUGGCUUUAAAUUCAUUUUAUACCAAUCAUUUAUUUGAGACUUGAGACAAAUAAAACUGAUACUUUUAAAAUUAAAAUUGAAAAAAGAAAACUUGUAGUUAAUUGGAAAUCGAUUA